AUGCCGCAACCAGCCUCUGGUCAAGCCUUAGAGCGUGAGCAGCUGGCGAGUGUGGUGCGCAAGCUGGUGAUCGAUACCGACGAGUUUUUUGCCCAGCAGCAGAAAGCGCUGCAGUUGUCCUAUGCCGAACUAAACAGCCGUAUCGAGCAGCUGCGAAUGCGUGUGCUGCAGCAGCAACUGCAGCUCAGCCCGAUGCACACGGCCAAUGGCGGAUACACUAACAUGAACCCGUCUCUCUUUUCAGCGCUGCACAACAUCCCGAAUGCGGAUCUACUGGGCCUCUCGGGGUCUAACGCCGGCAUGGUCGGCGGUGUCGCGACAACGCCAAGUGCCGCCAAUACUAUGAACGCCACACCAAUGCGUCCGAACACCGGUGGCGCGACUCGGUCAUUGAUGGGCAGCCUGAACGGACCCAACGCGGUGCUGGGCAUGAGUGAGACAUUAUCAGAGAGCGCGCGCUCUAACGGUGCGCUUGGUGGUUAUCUGAGCACGGCGCUGAACGGCAACAACGCAGCAACGGCAGGUCCGGGGUCACUGCGCUCCUACAAGGCGGAUGCCGUGACGCCAGCGAAGAAGCAGCUUGCUCUCUCUCAGCCAACGAACAAGAGCCCUAGCAUGCCACCGCCGCACUUGGCAGGUGGGUUGAACGCAAUGUCCGUUAUGGACGACCCCGUCAGCGGAGAUUUUUUCUCAACGGCACCAAACAACAACAGCCGCAGCCACCACGACUCGCUGCUGGCGUCUCCGCAGGCUACACAGAAGCUGUCGCUGGUCGAGCUUAUUGAACGCUUCAACAUGUCGUCUACCCCCAUGAACACGGCCACUUCCUCUACCUUCAACUUCGACUCGCUCUAUGAGCAACUCACCGGUGGCGGUGGCUCAGAGGAGUUGUCACAGAGUCCGGUGGAUUACAAAGAGAGGGCACCGAACUUGAUUCCGACCGGCCAGCCAGGUAACGCUCAGGCGUCGCCAUGCGACCGCCAUCACGACAACGGCGGCGACCCGUCGCCGGACUCGAACGGCAUCAGCGGUGGUGCCAUGGUAAAGAAUAGCAUUCCUAUCGAUACGCUGCGCGCCUUGCACGAUCAGCAUUUGACGACCAGCGUGCGUGUCGCGUACGAGCGGGGGCGUCCGAAGGUCUUGAAGAUUCUUGGUGGCGCGGCCGACACGCCUGGAAGGCUUGGCAUUGACCCUCGCAGCAGCUGUGAGGUGCUCGUGGAGUUUAAACGGAAACGGGUUCUCCAGUACGAAUCACAUGAGUACGUAACGCCGGGCAGCUACGUCAUUGUCGGCGGCGACCGCGGCGAGGACCUGGGUCUCGUUGUUUACGUCUGGUGCGAGGUGGCGCAGGAAGGAAACGGCCACGGGCACGCAGGCAGUGGCGCCGGUGCGUCAGACAAGGCUCCAUCUGCGUCUCGCAAGCGCAAGGUGGUGGGCGUUGGCCUGACGGACAGCAAACUGCCGCGCAGCAUCGGAGUGGGCAACGGCACUGUCUUGCGGCUGGCAUCCGAGACGGACGUGCAGCAGUUACUCGGCACCCAGGCGGAACUGGAGCGCCGCGCCAUUGACGUGUGUGCGCAGCUGGUGCUCGACCACUCUCUGCCAAUGGUGAUUGUCGACGCUGAGUACCAGUUUGACAAGAAGAAGCUGACGUUUUUCUACGAGGCCCAGCAGCGGAUGGACUUUCGUGAACUGGUGCGCCACCUAUACAAGACGUUUCGUGCGCGUAUUUGGAUGGAGCUAGUGGACGCGUGA